AUGAGGUCUGCUGCGAGUACCGGGGGUACUGCAGACGCGCCGAAUGCUGCGUUCCUGCACGCGAAAAAGCGCAUGGGCGGCAAAGAAGCCCCUGUCAACUACUCCUUCGAGGAGCGGGUGUUCUGUCCAGGCGAUACUGCGCCCGACAAAUCUGCAGCGAAGCUGGAGGUUGUUGAGAUGCUUCAGUCGCGCAUUCUCUCAGCGGAGAAGCCUGAAUGGAACAUGUCGAACUCGAACUGGGACAACAUGCAGAUGACGGGCAAGUGUUACAAGAGAACCAAUGUCAAUGCCGAGCGAAAUCGCGCGCACAUGUUCGCUUACAACUUCCGUGCCGAGAAGCUACCGAAGAAGAAUCCGACGCUCAAGCCCAAAUCCAACCGCUUCAACACAGGCAUCCUGGAAGUGGCUCUGAAGGACGAAUAUGUGGGCGAAGCCUUCGGGAAUGAGCGCGUGAUGAAGGGAAUCGCCAAGCGCACAGAAGAACUGCCAAACCACCCGGACCUGUACGACGCCAAGCCUUGGAACCAAUCCGUCGAGCUCACCAAGAGCGUUCGCAGGGACCAUGCGGCUCGACAGACCAACAGCGACAAGUGGCGGCAGAAGGUUGGCGCCAAAGACAACUACAAGAGCCCGGAGCAGCUCUCCAAAGAGCUGUCGAUGCGCAAGCGCCAGGAGAAGCAAGAGCUCGUAGCUGCCAAGUCGAACCAGCGCCACUAG